AUGCCUCAGCUACAGGAGCUUUUCAAUUCAGCAGUGCAGCCCCUGCCUGUAAUCGAGGACAAGAACUUCGCAUCACACUUCGAUACCUUUGCGGGUAACCAAGUGAUUCUUCUAGGCGAUGGCAGUCAUGGAACAUCUGAGUUCUAUUCUGCACGCGCAGAGAUCACAAAGCGACUCAUCGAACGGCACGGCUACACCAUGGUCGCAGUCGAAGCAGACUGGCCAGAUGCAGAGGCCAUCGACCGAUAUGUGCGUUUGCGCCCAGGUCCCAAGGCGCAAAUUGGAGGAAGUGCAAAAGGAUAUGAACCAUUCAAUCGAUUUCCUACCUGGAUGUGGAGGAACUCUGAAAUGCAACAGCUAGUUGAAUGGAUGCGUGAUCGAAACCAGGCCCUCCCACCAGAGCAAAGAGCCGGUUUCUACGGGCUGGACCUGUACAGCAUGGGUGCCUCUAUCGGUGCUGUGAUCGAUUACUUGGACCGAGUAGACCCACAGGCAAGCAAGCAAGCACGUCAGAGGUAUGGGUGUCUUGAGCCUUGGGUCGAUGAUCCCACUUCAUAUGGUCUGGCAUCCCUUCGAGGAAUGGAAGACUGUGAAGGUCCAGUGAUGAAGAUGCUUGGAGACCUUUUGGAACGACGGCUUGAAUACACCGGUUCGCGGGAUGGCGAUGAAUACCACAGCGGCGAACAGAAUGCCCACCUGGUUCGUGAUGCGGAGAAGUAUUACAAAGCAAUGUACUACAGCUCAGCGAGUUCAUGGAACCUGCGCGACAUGCACAUGUUUGAAACCUUGGAGCGUCUGUUAAAGCACAACGAGGGAGAGAAAGCCAUUGUGUGGGCACACAAUUCCCACGUCGGGGAUGCGCGCUAUACAAGCAUGGGAUUUCGCCGCAAGGAGCUCAACAUCGGGCAACUAUGUCGUGAGCGACUGGGACGCGAGAAUGUGACCAUUCUUGGAUGUGGCACUCACACUGGCACCGUUGCCGCUGCCCAUGAAUGGGACGAUGAUAUGGAGGUCAUGUCCGUCCGUCCAUCCCGAGACGAUAGUUGGGAGAUUGUGGCCCAUGAUACUGGAGUUCCACGCUUUGUGCUUGACCUGCGUCAGGAUCGCAUAGAUCCCACUCUGCGCUCAGCUAUCGCUGCCGAGCAACGCCUGCAGCGUUUCAUUGGUGUCAUCUACCGACCUGACACAGAGCGUGCCUCCCACUACUCGCAAGCUUUCCUUCACAAGCAGUUUGAUGGUUAUGUCUGGUUUGAUGAGACCAAGGCUGUUCAACCCUUGGAAGUCAUCCAGCCCGAAACACCGCUUGGAAAGGGAGAAACUUAUCCAUUUGGGCUGUAG